GGAAGCGUCAGGGAGGGCAUCGCGCAACAGGACUGAAGGCUCACAACCGGCCUCCAGACGACAACACGGAUCCCCCACACCCAGCCAGGCGGCGUGUGAACGGGUGACUGUGACAAAGAAGGGGAAAGAAUUCCAGCGAGCUCUCAGCCGUAUGGAGCAUCGCCUGUCCAGCAGCCCUUCACCGGGACCCUCUCUCUCCCGAGAGGACAACACACCCGUCCGGGAUCCCUCGGCCCCACUCAGCUGUGCGAUGGACACGACAACACCCACGCACUCACCCUCUUUGCUGCGGGGGUCCCCCUCGUCCAUCGUCACGUCCAAGGGGCGCAGCAUGAGCACCACUCGGCUUGUGGGUCUGCAGCAGCUCAAGGCCCAGAAGACCAUGGACAGGCUGGAGGACAGGUCCACACAGCUCGAGAAAGAGCAGCUCAUGAGGCACCACGCACUGCAGAGGAGGUGUCGACAGCUGGCUGACGAGACACAUGAGCUCAGCGCCAUUGUGGACCGCGUUGCGUCGUUGCGACUUUUCUCGCUCCAGGUGCUCGAGAGGCAGCACGAGAAGAGGUACGGGAAGUUCUGGGCCCCUUAUCAGACCCACAAAGACAACAGGAGACGAGAAGCAUAUCCUUCUGCAGAGGAGAGCCAGGGCUUGCCGGAAGAGACCCCUCCAAUACGGGUACGAUGAAAUUGGUCCUCAAGGCCUCCAUGCCUUGAUAGUUUUUCUGUGCGCUGUGUGUGUGCAGCCGGCCGCGCGGCAGGCACCUGAGCCUCUGCAACCCGCCGAGCCCCCUCCGUCUGAAGCCCCCGAACACUACCCAUUGCCCGUACUACCUGUGAUUAUUCGCGAGGGCAUCCAGUCCAUAUGUGGCCACGACGCGUGCCGGGGCAUCAGGAACCGGCUCGAGAUGCGGCAAGUGAAGGAGGCCAGGGGUGGCGGGUCACCGAGACACAAGAGGAGAAGACCCAAGUCGAGGAAGAAGGCGCGUGUUGUGUUGCCGCCUCUGCCAAAGAGGGCGGUCAGCAGGCGAGAGGGGCUGGAGCAGACGGCUGAUGAGACGCCGUCGACGCAUCUGUCCGUGUCGGGCCCGGGUGACUGGCUGGUGUCCAAGCGGCUUGAUGGUUUUUCGGGUGACGCAUCACGGAGGAUUGGUGAGUCCCUGGCUACGCUCUCGAGAUUGUUCGACUGAGCUUAUCAAUCGGUGACCGUGCAUCAUGUAUUUACGCAUGUUGUAUGGAGCAGUGGGUACAUCAAUGGGGGAGCUGUGGCGCCUUGUCUAUCUCAUUUGUCCUCUUUUUGCUUUGUCUUGGUCCAUACAUACGUACAUGCGCACGUACGCACGUAGGCCAAAGGGUGCAUUUGUUUGUUU